AUGGCAUGGCAACACCCAUGGGUGUACAAAUGUCCGUCGUUCCACCCUUCCCUGGCGAAUAUUUCGAACCACAAGGAAGCAUGUUUUCUCCUCGUUUUCGCUUUCACCACCGUGCUCUUUCGUAACUACAAUGGUCGCAACGGUCCGGAAAGCGGUGGUGGUGUAAGACGUCGAGCCAAAAGUCCCACUUCGGUGCCGUCCAGCUGCGAGAAUUCAAGCCCGCAACAAGUACGCGAAGUGGGCGGAGAUCGUGGACGAGAAAGACGGUGCAAAUGUCUCCACCCACAAAAACUGAUUCAACACGUCGUGAUCACCAGAAAUUUUCGGCGGCCACACCCACAAACGAUCCCCGUUCGUCAGCACCACUUCGCAGUCUUCGUACUGAGGCGAUCCGGUCGUGUUACAUAUCCGCUGAUCUACGUUUCCCCGGCCGGCUCGAUCUCCGUAAUACUCGCACAUGCAAUUAUUAUCACGAAUGACUCCUAUCGAUCGCUGUGUUCGUGUAGUGUGUCACGACAAGCCUUCAUCAAUGGUCGCGGAACAGCAUCAUGUAUUCUGCAUAAGAAAGCGAGGAUGCUGCACACUCGCGAUAUGGUGUACACGAAAUUCUCUGCGUCGAAUGACCGUCUUGCUGUCAUCGGUAACGAAGGAAUCCUUUUCUCGAUGAGUCAUCUAAACGAGGCGUUCCUUGUCUCUAGCCAUAUCAAAGGGCCAUCAGCUGUGUCUCUCGAAACGCUCGAUUUCUCUUCUGGACAUUUGGAAAACGAUUUUUCAAUCCGACUGUUCUAUCAUGAAGCACAAACAGGCACACAAGUACGUAGCGCUUCAUCUGACUUGUUUCCAGCACUAGAAUAUAAAAGAAUGGCCCUAUUUCAUAGACUCCGUAGCUUUGCAUGUCUGUCAGUGUGUAAGUCUGUGUCUGCGCUUUAUACAAUAAUGUCGAAAGAAAUCGUCCAUGAAAGCUUCAUUAUUGCAUCGCUAAAACAGGACGGAACCCUAUACUCGCAUGUGCGUGAUAAUAAUCGUCGCGUCGAUGCUCGUCCACGAGUGAUCCAAUGUAGCCCGUCAACAGCAUCAGUACAUGUGCGCAGUUCGUACAUCGAUAUGGGAGUGCAGGUUGGUCAAUCCGGUCCACUCCAUCGGGACGCGUCGUACCAAACGUAUCCUGCUUCCUGCACAAGAUGA